AUGGCUACUUUGGUCCUCUUCCUUGGUUUCACUCUCUUCCUUCAAGGAGCUUUUGGUGAGAUUGUAUGCAAGGAAUUGCCGGUGGGAGUGUGCUCUUUCUCGAUCGAGUCAUCUGGGAAGCGAUGCGUGUUGGAGAAGUACUACGAGUCGAACGAUGGUGCCAUCGGAUUCCAAUGUAAGACAUCGGAGGUGGUUGUGAAAGGCAUGUGGGAGAUGAUUGAGAGCGAUGAGUGCACGAAUGCUUGUGGAGUUGAUAGGAACUCAGUUGGGAUAUCUUCCGAUUCCCUUCUGGACCCUAAGUUGACGGCCAUGAUCUGCUCCACGGAAUGCUACCAAAACUGCCCCAACAUCAUUGACCUUUACUACAACUUGGCCUUGGGUGAAGGAGUUUACUUGCCAGAAUUAUGCAACGUACAAAGGACAAUGCCAAGGAGACGUGCAAUGUCACAACUUCUAAGUUCUGGAUCAGCUUCUUCCCCUACGAAUGGUCCAAUCACCAGUGAAUCAUCAGUAAAAGUUUACACCAUUGCUGAACCCCCAUGUAAUUAG